UAUAUAGUUCAUUGUAUACAACAAAGAGAAAGUAAAGGCAAGGUUAAGUUUCAGAAAGCUAUUUAAACGCUAUUAUGUUAAAAUUGUAAGGAAACAAUACUGAGAAAAGGACACAAUAGGAUACAUUUAGUUGAUCAUGGCACGUUAUUUCAGAGAAGAAGAUAUUGAUGAAUUCCGUGAAUGUUUUUAUUUAUUUGCUCGAAACGGUCAGAUUCGUACACUGGAUGAGCUUACUAUAAUUAUGAGAUCUUUGGGACUAAGUCCAACUAUCGCAGAAUUAAACAAGUACAUGAAAGAUAAAGGUGGAAAAAUGUCUUUUGCUGAUUUUUUGGAAGUCAUGCAUCUUCAGACACGUGCAGAAGAUCUACCAAAAGAAGUAAUUAAAGCUUUUCAAGCUGCAGAUACUUCUCACAAUGGUAUUCUUCCAGCACGGCAAUUGGCACAUAUGUUGCUUCAUUGGGGUGAACAAUUGAGCAGUAAAGAAGUGGAGCAAAUCUUUCGCGAAGCCAAUGUGUCUCUGAAUGGACAUGUUAAAUACGAAGAUUUUGUGAAAAUAGCUUGUGCACCCGUACCUGAUUACUAUUGACAAUUGUUAGGUGACUUAUAUUUAGGUAAUACAUUUCCAAUAUACGUUCUCUAAUUUUAUAUUCCUAUAGAUAAAAAUGCACGAAAAAGAAAAGCUACUUUUAUAUAAAUAUAAAAAAGAUUAAUUUAUUAUACAUUUUUGUAAAAAAUUUUAUAUAUCUAACUCAAGAAUGUUAAUGGGGUUUGUAUGUGGUUAUUAGAUAUAAUGAAUAAAGAGUAUCUCGUUA